AAGCUAACAUAUCUGAUUAGUAAACGCUUAUAAAAUAUUGAUUAAAGCCAGUUUAUUACGUUGAAAAUUUCAGAAAUCGAACAUUUUCAGAAGUCAAACUCGUAAUGAAGUACAGAAACUGUUAUUUGAUUGAGUUCUCUCUUCAGGCCAAUCGAAUCUGAUAACGAACGAACGAACGAACGAACGAACCAUCAUAAUUCAUAACCCACAGCCAAAAUGCUUGCGUCAGGAGUUCUAGUAAGAUGACGUGAAGUGAAGUAAGAGUUCCAAGCAAAAUGGCAGAAACUGCAGUAUUGUUUGUUCUGAAUCAAGUUCACCAGCUCCUACACGAAGAAUGGAAUUUUCUGGCAAGUGGCCGUCAGGCAUUCACAGAGAUUAAGGAUGAAUUGGAUAGCAUUCACGCCUUCCUCUGGGAUGCAGAUGUAAGGGCUGCAAAUGGUGAAGCUAAUGAAGGACUAAAGAUAUGGGUGGCGCAGCUGCAAGAAGCAUCGAUUCGCAUAGAAGAUGUCAUUGAUGAAUACAUUCAUGUGGCACAAAAGGUGUAUCAUCCUGGAGUUAUGGCUUCAAUCCAGAAGAUUGGUCACUUCCUUGUGACUCUGAAGUCUCAUUAUCGGAUAUUAUCUGAGAUAGAAGACAUUAAGUUAACAAUUCGAGGAAUCAAAGAAAGAAGUGAAAGGUAUAACUUUCGGUCACCUUUUGAACAACUAGGUUCAAGCAGUUCUAGAAGGAUUGAAGCUGUCAAAUGGUAUGAUCCUCGGUUAGCUUCCCAUUUCAUUGAAGAAGCAGAAGUUGUGGGAUUCGAAUCUCCGAGAAACGAAUUGGUUGAUUGGUUAGUUGAUGGUGCUGUGAUUUCAGUGGUAGGAAUGGGAGGAAUAGGAAAAACCACUCUUGGCAAGCUUGUUUUUGAUAGCCAAGUGGUUAAAGUUCACUUUGAUUGUCACGCCUUCGUGACAGUUUCUCAAUCAUACACUAUAAAGGGUUUAUUGAUUGACCUGAUAGAGCAAUUUUUCAAAGACACGCCUCUUCCUCAGAAUAUACAGAACAUGGACGAGAAGUCACUAAUUACAAAAGUGAGGCAGUACCUUCAGCAAAAGAGGUAUUUGGUUUUCUUUGAUGAUGUAUGGAAACAAAGUUUUUCUGAUGAGAUUGAACUUGCCAUGCCUAAUAACAACAAAGGGAGUAGAAUCAUAAUCACAACUAGAAUGAUGCAUGCUGCUGAGUUCUUUAAGAAGGCUUUUCCUGUUCAUGUGCACAAUCUACAACUCUUGCCUCCUAAUAAAACUUGGGAACUCUUCUGCAAGAAGGCAUUUAGAUACGAGCUCGGCCAUAAUUGUCCAUCAGAGCUCAUGGAUGUGUCUCAUGAAAUCAUUAAAAAAUGCAACGGACUACCACUGGCAAUUGUGGCCAUCGGUGGUCUAUUGUCGACGAAACCUAAAACUGUGUUCGAAUGGAAAAAGGUGAGUCAAAAUCUUAGUCUGGAACUAGAGCAUAAUGCUCAUUUAACUAACUUGACAAAGAUUUUAUCACUGAGUUUUGAUGAUUUGCCAUACUAUUUAAGAGCAAGCAUGUUGUAUUUUGGUAUAUAUCCAGAAGACUACUCAAUUAAUCCUAUGAGAUUGACAAGACAAUGGAUAGCUGAAGGCUUUGUUAUGUAUAUGGAGAGAAGAACUUUAGAGGAAGUUGCCAUGGAGUAUUUAACAGAGUUAAUAAACAGAAGUUUGGUCCAAAUCUCUAAAGUAGGCUUUGAUGGGAAAAUUAAAAGAUGCCAAGUUCACGAUUUAUUGCGUGAAGUGAUCAUAAGAAAGAUGAAGGACUCGAAUUUUUGCCAUUUCUUUCAUGAAGAUGGUCCGCCAGUUGCAAUUGGAAAACCGAGACGCCUUUCUCUUACUAGUGCCAAAGAUUUGUUGAGCUUCAAUGAUCUCUUGCACAUCCGGGCAAUCCAUAUUUUUGAUAAAGGUGCAUUACCUGAAAAUUUCAUGAAAAAAUCUCUUGUAAAGUCCAAGCACUUGAAGGUACUUGAUUUCGAAGAUACUUCACUGAACUGUAUUCCAAGUAACUUGGGGAAUUUAUUUCACUUGAGAUACUUAAACUUGAGGAGUACGAAAAUAAAGGUUCUUCCCAAGUCUAUUGGCAAGCUGAUAAACUUAGAGACCUUGGAUCUAAGACAAACACUUGUCCAUGAGUUACCAAAGGAGAUAAAAAAUCUCACAAAGCUAAGAUAUCUUCGUGGUUACUACAGAAACUUCAACACAGAUUAUUCUGUUUUGGGAACUACAAGGGGGAUUGCGAUGAGAAAAGGAAUUGAGUGCCUGACAUCUCUACAAAACCUUUCUUUUAUCGAGGCAUAUCAUGAUGAACUUGAUGUUAUUCAAGGACUUAAAAAGCUGACACAGUUAAGGAGGUUGGGCUUAAGGCGUGUGAGGAGUGAGUAUGGAAAUGCCUUAUGUUCUUCAAUAGCAGAGAUGAAACACCUUGAAUCUCUUAACAUCACUGCAAUAUCUGCGGAUGAAUUCAUUAACUUGAAUUUCGAAUCAACCCCGCCUCAAAUUAGAUGGUUCAAUCUGAAAGCAAGGCUAGAGAAGUUGCCUGAUUGGAUUCCAAAACUUGAAUAUCUUGUGAAGCUAAGACUCAACUUAUCCUUGUUAAAAGAUGAUUCAAUAAAUUCAUUGAAGAACUUGCCAAACCUAUUGCGGCUCAGUUUAUGUGACAAUGCUUAUGAUGGUAAAAUUUUGCAUUUUAAAGAAGGAUUUCCUAAAUUGAAGAAACUGGUUCUAGUUCGAUUGAAUGAUGUGCAUUCCAUCAUUAUAGACAAAGAUUCUUUGCCUGAACUUGAAUUUCUUAUUCUUAGAAAGAUACCAAAUUUGAAGGAGGUUCCCUCUGGGAUCAAGCAUUUGGAGAAACUGCAUUUUAUUGAAUUCGCUGAUAUGCCACAUGAAUUCAUUGAAAGCAUUGAUCGCAACAAAGGACAAUGUUAUUGCUUCAUCAAGCAUGUUCCCCUUGUCUUCAUUCGAAUCAAGAAUGGGCCAAGAUUAGAUGAUUAUCAUUUAGAAACCAUACGUUCUUCAUCCACUGUUUCGAAUGCAGAGAAAUUGAGGUACAUCGACUGGUAGCAGAGAAUACAAUGCUAGUAUCAUGUAUGAACCCACAAGAAGAUAUGUGGGAUAUGUGGAAUUCAAUGUCUGUGAUCUCAGCUUUAUUCAGUGGUGUUUAUUUGCUCCUUUUUCUAAUCCCUUGCCUUUAAUUUAACCAUUUGUAUUGCAUCCUUCAUAUGAACUGGAGAAAAAGUUCAACAAUGAGAGAAACCUUUUUGCUGAAACAAGGACUUGGAUACUAAGAAAAUUCUAGCCCAAGGCCAUGAUUCUAAGGCUAAAGAAGAAUCAGAAGAUGAGAAAGCAGUGAAAAGUGAAGCUCAAAAGGAGAUGGUGGUUGUUGAGAGAGGGCUAUCAACCAUGUCAGAUAGUGCGUUGCUGAUAUGCUCGUGGGUCCUCAAUUUUCUUUCUUAUUUUUUUUCCCCUUCUAAAAGAGGAGUCUUGUACUUUUGUAGUUGUUUAUUCUCCCCAUGUACACUAGACUAAAAAUACUAUA